CUACAAAGACGACAGCGCAAAACACCUUAAGCAGCAGUGGAAAGAAUCAACGUUGUCAAUCGUGAUGAUUCGGAUGCUAAGGAUCCCCUUUCUUUCUCUCUAUACGCCUAAGGUGUCAUCAGCGUCCUUGUUUGGAGAUCUACUUGUUAAUCAUGAGCGUUACAGUUCCAGUAUACGAGUAACGGAGAUACUUAAGGACCAUGUGGGAGUUUCAUCAAAUAGGAAUUCACUUUGUGGAUUUAGAACUUUUUGCACCGGCCAAGAUUUGUCAACUAAGAAGUGUGUGCCAUGCGCCUCAGAGGACCUGCGACCCAUGACCGAGGAAGCAGCAAAUGAGCUAAUUCGACAGGUAGCCGGAUGGAAUUUGGUCAAUGAAAGUGGCAUGCUGAAGCUGAAUCGGUCAUGGAGAGUGAAGAGUUUUACCAAAGGAUUGGAAUUAUUUACACGCGUAGCUGUGGUUGCAGAAGCAGAGGGUCACCAUCCAGAUCUUCAUCUUGUUGGAUGGAACAAUGUAACAAUCGAAAUAUGGACACAUGCAGUUGGUGGACUUACUGAAAAUGACUUCAUACUUGCUGCGAAGAUAAGUGAACUUAACUUACAAAGCCUGUUGAGGCGAAAAGCUUCCGAUUAAACUGCUAGCAUAAACAUGAUGUGGAUACGUUGCAAGUAAGCUCUGUUGAUGUGCCAUGACUGCUUCCUUUCUGGUAGAUAUUUUGAAAUGGACUACCUUAAAGUAGCUUUUGUUUGUUGAGAAUUUAAGGAUGUGACAUAGCAGCUGUGCGUCCAGAUGAUAGAAACGUGAUCAGUUUUGUUCUAUAUUUUGCACUAUUCUGUAGACCUUCCCUACACUGCAUUUCCUGUUAAUGGAGUGUAUAUUGAGUGUGUUUGGAGGCUU